AUGGUAUUUCAGUCUGAUCGCCGGGUUGCGCGUGCUGUGCGCGCGCUCUCGCGGCGAGACUCAGCUCCGCUCGCGGCGAGCCGCCGGGCGCGCUGGUCGCCCCCCGGGAGGGCGCUUGCGGAUGCGCGACGCGGUCGUGGCGGACAUGCGACGGGAGGUUCAGGUCGUGGUUGCCGCAGCUCCUACCAGGAGGCACCAGGGGGCUACGUUUCCGGCGGGUACGGCGAGCGGAAAGUAAACUGCUUCUUGCGAAAUCGUCGAUCGGAGGUGUUGACUGGCGACCCGUUGAAGCGCGGAGGUAACAGCCGGGGCGCUUCCACAUUCGAAAAAGAUGGGCCGGUUCCGGUCAAGAGGGCUAAGGACAUUAUUGAAAUCUCCAGUUAA